AUGAGUUCAAUAGAAAGAAGAAGAGCCCAAGAUUCUGGCUACGAUGUCUGGCCUGAUAUCUAUGACUUCCUCUUUUAUAACAUUCUUCCUUUGAUCAUUUUGCUAGUAUAUGGUCCUGAAAAGAAACCUUGGUUUGGUAAAAUCAUUUAUUAUAUAGAUGAUUUAAUCAUUUUAUUCUGCCUUUGUGCUCUCCCACUGAUUAUUAUUAAGACAAGUGUACCAGAAAUGGAUACGAAAGAUUACGAGGAUAAUGCUGAUGAUAAGGAUCACGAGGAUAAUGCUGAUGAUAAGGAUUACGAGGAUAAUGCUGAUGAUAAGGAUUACGAGGAUAAUGCUGAUUAUAAGGAUGGUAAAGAACAAUCUGAUUCCAAACUUUAUCUUCGCAUUACUCAAAUAGUGGGUCUUCUUAACUUUGCAUUUUUGAUUAUUUACCAAAGUCUUUGGUUCAAUAUUUGUUUUCCUACGUCACCAGCGGUCACAAAAUCUAUAUUUGGAAUCACUCUACUUUCAGUUGGCAGGAUUUUAUAUUAUAUGGCAAAUGAGGAUUCUGGGGAUCAUGUUGAAGAAAGUAAAAUUGUUGUUGAAGGUGAGAACGUUGGGAGCGAUAAAGAACCUAUAGAAAAUAUAGUUCAAAUUUAUGUUCAGGAGAAUUAUAAUGAACCUUUAAAACAGAGACAGAGAGAUCAUUUACAUCAAUAUCGUAUUCACCAAAAUAUGCAGACAAUUAACAGUACAAGAAAUUUCUUUGAAUUUGCUCAUUUCAAAAGGUUCCAACUUUCUGCUGUAACUUUUUACAAAAUGUGUGAAGCAAAAAAAUUUACCAGAGAACUCUCGAGUAUAUACUGUGCAAAUGGAAAAGUCACAUUAGCAAAAGUUGAUAUACCUGAAAACUUGAAUGAUUUAUUUCUUAGAAAUGACAAAACCAGAAUAGAAUUUUGA